AUGGAGAUCUCGGACGACUAUUCGCACUUCGACAAGCUCGGCGACUUUCUUCCAACGGUGGUGUCUGGCGAUCCAGAUGCCGAGAUAGAGAUAAUCUACAUGGACGACGAUAGUGUAGAAAGCGUGGGGGGCGUGGAGCCCGAGUCGGGCGGUUCCUUUGACGUGGGGAUAGCGUUUGGUGAUGGCCGGGACUGCUCCUCAUCGCAGGCGUUCUUGCAGCGAGUAGGCGUGAAGGUUGUGGGGUGCGGCUUGACGCUGGCGCAUUUGAGCUUCCAGGGGAUGAGCGUGGUGACGACAUGCCUAGGGGCUGGCAUGGACACGGAGGUGGCCACAGUUGGGUUCGGGCGAUCUGUGCCUGAGUCCUGCGACACAGAUGAGGUGCUAAAAGCGAGCGUAGAAGCCGCUGAAACCGCCAGUUGGGACUAUGCCAGCGGUAGCACCAGCAGCACAUGGGCGGCAGAUAGGUGCACAGAGCUGGUGAACGUGGUCGAUGCCGCUGGCGCGUCGGCAUUUAUCGCCAUCAAGGAGGACGAGCCUCUGUCGUUUGAAACAAGCUCGGACAACUGCGAGUACCGCACCGUCGGCGUGACGUUCGAAACGUGGGCAGGCAGCUCGAUCAAAGCAGCGUUCUUCGACUUGGAGGUGGACGAGGGGAACUUGUCAGCCAUCGACGGGUACGAAUCUGGGAGCAGCGGGUUCGACUUCGCCAUAGCCUUCGACGGGGAUAGCGACGUCGUUAGCGUCGACCUGAGGGGGUGCGGUCUUACCGUGGACAGCUUCGCAGGCAACCGUGCUACCUUUGUCGUUACCGGGAGCGGCAACACGUACAUCCUCGGCGACUCUAGCCUGGACUGCGUGGUGGAGUUUACGGACACCCCUGCUCCCACCUCGACGGGCACCACUUUCUCGCCGACCGAUACGCUUGCCCCUGGCGCUACGCUUGCCCCUGGCGCUACGCUAGCCCCGGGUGCUACGCGUGCUCCUGGCGCUACCCUUGCUCCUGGUGCGACGCUUGCCCCAGGAACUACUCUUGCCCCAGGAACUACAUUUGCUCCUGGUGCUACGCUGGCCCCACCAGCUACUCUUGCUCCUGGCGCUACGCGUGCUCCUGGUUCCACGCUAUUUCCUGGCGCUACCCUUGCUCCAGGGCAAACGGGCUUUCCCUCUAGCUUGGCACCAUCAUCUUCGAACUCGUCCAUGUCCCCGACCUCCUCCCCGACCUCCUCACCGACGGGGUCCUCCAUGUCGCCCACGGCUGUCCCUACCGCUGCACCGACUGCGGCACCGACGAUGGUGGGGGGAGGAGCCGUCGGCGCAACCGUCACGGGAUCCCUGACGGUUGUUGGGGAGGACGGCCGACGCCGCAUGUCCGAACCGGUGUCGCCGACCUUGUCGCGGCACGUCCGUCGAGAUGAGACGAAAAGUCUCAUCCACCACCAGCCGGAGACGGACCUUGUCGCGGAAGCCAGAGAUCCCGUUGGCGGCUUUUAUGGCGCGUUGGGGGGGCAGCGGCGGUGGCUGCAGGAGGGAGAGGAGGACUCGGGGAGCGAGACGGUGGACAUAGACUUCGAGGUUAGUGUGCCAGCUGACGACGGCGGGAUCGGGUCGUCAGCGUCGCGCGUGGCGGCGAUGGUGAACGAGUUCGCCGAUUCGGGGCUGGCCGCGCUGGCCGACUCUCUUGGGGUAGAACCGGAGGACAUCAGCUUAUCCGACCUAGCGUUCUGCAUCGGCACCACCAACUGCGGCAACGUCUCGACAAUGGUAUCGACCAUGUCCGCGGUCGACGAGCUCGGCACGAGCGGGCCAUGGGAGAACUUCUUGACAAACGGCGGCUUGCUCCUGCUGGCCCUCUUCGGCACCUUGUGUGUCUGUUUCUGCGCCGCGGGUGUGUGCUUCCACUGCCUGUUCAACGGCGGGGGCUACGAAGACGUCGAGCUCCUCAAGCCGGUACCGGCGGUCCCCGCUAAGCACACGGUCGACAAGGAGAAGGAGCAGGUGUCUCCCCGAGUGUUCGACCUCUCGAGGAUGUCCAACCGAAGACUCGGGGCCCCCGAUCACGACAAACAUUCCGAUGGAGACUUUCCCCAGGGGUCACGGGGCGACAGCAAGAUGGGUGGUGGUGACUUCAUGGAGGCCGGGAUUCGCACCGUGUCUCCGGCGACUUCGAAGACCACGAUCGGCUCGGUCCACUGGAUGUCUCAGUUCGGCCAGAAGAACUCCGCAGAAUACGACCUACAGAACCCGCUGAGGGUACCCGGGGACAGUGUGGAGGGAACCCGUCGCUUCGGAGACAUGGCAAUGGGAAAGACCCAGACAGAAGAGGCCGGUCUGAUUGGCCACUACGGAGAUGAUCGCUCAGAGGGAGAGUUCAAAACCACGAACCCGAUGUUCCUGGGCGCAGACCUCGACAGCGCCAGCCCUAGCCCCCAGCCGAUGCCCCCUUCGCUGGCUCCUCUCGGCUCCGGCACCGGCGUGUCCUCAUCCGGUGGAGGCUACGGCGUGUCCCUGUCCUCCAACAACCCCCUGUUCGGCACCGGUGGCUCGUCGUCGUCCUCGCUGCUAUCCGCUUCGAAUGCGGCCGGCGCUGGUGGCGCCGUGCGCAGGGGGGCGCUCUCUGGUUCGCGAUCACCGCCGACCAUGCUGGGGGCGGCGGGAAACCGGAGCAGCAACGGAAGCAUAGGGCGGAUGAGCUCGAUUGAGGUUGCCACUGCGGUGCUUUCGGAGCGUGACGAGUCUAGCGACGGAUCGGAGCACGGCGGUGACAAGCCACCCGGCGACGACGCACUGCCCGACAUCUUCGUGGCCAGGCGAUCGCCAAGUAGUUCCGCGGCGGGGGGUGGGGGCUCCGUCGCUGAAGAGGGACGGGGCCCCGCGGGGGGAGGAAGGGGCAGGGUGGUGACGCCAACCAGCUCUCUAGGCGGUGGUGGCGAUGUGUAUGGCGGUCUCGCUAGCGCGAGUCCUAGCGUUAGCCCGGCGGUCGUGAUGGGCGGCUCGAGCGCUGGCCGGGCGGCGGCGGGGUCAGGGGUGGCGUUAGCGGCGCAGGCCGGCGGGGGGGAGUCGGGCAGCGAAGACGAGUUCUCGGAGGACGCCGCCGCUAGCGCGUGGUCGGACGACAGAGAAGGCCUUCGCCCGUCGUCCAAGCUGCCGUCGGACCCUUCGCAGGAGAGCUCUACCGCUAGCGCGACGACGACACGGAGCGGCACUGCUGUAACGGAAGAAGCCGCUGCGGUCGCCGCCGAAGCGAGGCCCGUAGAGGAGCAGCGGCAGGGCACAGAGGGAGCACCGGCGCCGACGCCGGCGCCGGUACCGGCACCGGCACCGGCUUCGGCGGAACGAAGGGCGGGAGUAGCGGAGCAAACCGCCCCGGCUCCAGGGGCGAGCGAUACGCGGCGUGGCAGCGGCGGCGGCGGCGGCGGAAGCAUUUCAGCCUGGAGAAACACGUGGCAAGGGCUGAUGAGUGUAGGAUCCAGCCGCGGACGGAGUCGGACGCAAACCGGCGGCACCGCCUCGUCACCGUUAAGGCAAUCGCAAUCAAGUCAACAUCGACAACACCAGUCGGCGACUGCACGUUGGUCGUCCCCUCGCGACGCGCCCGCAACUUCGGCCGGUGACCCCGCGGGGCCCGCACCGGGGGGGGGAGGGGAGUCGUUCGGCGGGGGGUCUCCGUCGCCGCCGGUGAUCCGAGGGGGCAGGGUCGUGGCGGCGGUGGCGGAGGCGGCCGCGGAGGCGGCGGCGGAGGAGGACGCGAAGAAACGAGGCGCCGAGAGGACGGCCGACGAAGGGCCGCCUGCAGCGGCGGGGAGAGGCGGCGUCCAGCCGGCCAUCGGCGCCGCCACGGGAGAGGUGUCGACGCCGCAGAUGCAGGGGGCUUCGAUGCCCGGCCGUCUCGGGUCGCCCCAGGAGCUGUCGCCGACAACGCCGCCCACGACGAAGAGAGAGGACCCCGUUGCCGACACCGCCGCGGCAAGGAGAGGUGGCGGCGGCGUCAGCGAAGCGUCCGCGAUGACCGCGGACCCGGCCGAAGUCAGCGGCGGGGACGGUAGAACCGUGCUGGGACGCCUUGGCCUGACGCUUUCGUCGCACAACGAGGUUUUCCCGAGCAGGGUUAUGCUGUCCCCCGGGACAGACUCUGAUCCGGGGUCUUCGCCCUCACCGGAGGUGCUCGUGCGGCGGUCCAGCCGGCCGUUUAGCGGUGGAGACGUGGGCCAAGAGAGUUUCGCGCCACCUCCUCAAGAAGAAGGCGCCGCCGCGCAGAGAGAAGAGGAGGCCGAGAUCGGCGAGGGCGCUCAAUCGGCCGUCACCCACGAGCCAACCCCGUCCCCCGCCGAUGUUCACGGGGUCACCAUCUCUCCUCCGUCGGCGUCGGACUCGAGCCUGGGGAGCAACCUGUGGUGCUCCGGUCCCUUCGCGAGGAGCACGUUCGGGAAGUCGAUGGGUGGACAGGGAGCUGAGGAGGCCCGCGACGGGCUGUUGGCGACGAGGUCCGGCAAGAUGAGGGCGCUGGGCACGUUGGAUCUCAUGCAGGCCGGGCUGGAGGGGAUCAUGGCAGGAGUUCACUUCCCUGGGGAGGCGUUGCCCAGGCCGGGGUACUCCCCUGGCAUGGAUUCAUCACGCGAGUACUCGGAAAGCGACGACGACGAUACCCCCGGGGGCGGGAUGCUCAAGGGGGAAGGGCUAGUCUAGUUGGGUUUGGUUGGUGCUGUCCUUUUCUCUCUUGUAAUAUUAUUCACUACUGCCGCGACCAUGCUGUUGCAUGGGCGGAGGCGUGCCUCACGCAAGGGGAGGGGUUGUACUGGCUGCAUGUUUUGUGCGGAUCGACGGGAUGACUUCGCAGGUUGCGUGAUGGUGUCAUAGAGAUGGUAUUCAUGCAGGUGGGGUGCGAUUGGAUUUUUGAUGGUAGGGGGGGUGUUUGUUUGAUACCCGUCAUGUUUUGAGCGCGCGACGCCGCGAGGUUUGAGCGUGAUUUUUGUAUAACUACUUUUGCGGCUGCAGUCGAGGUUAAUUGUCAACGCAUCCAUCCACAUUGCAGUGGCAACCCCCCCCCCCCC